AUGCAGACUGCUUCUGCAAACAUUGGUGAAAGACUGUGCAAUAAGUCCAUCCGUGACAUUUCCUGGCUACUAAAUAUUCCACGGUCAACUGUUAGUGGGGUUAUAACAAAGUGGAAGCAACUGGGAACAACAGCAAUUGAGCCACGAAGUGGUAAGCCAUAUAAAAUGACAGAGCUGGGUCAGCGCAUGCUGAAGCACACAGUGCGCAGAAGUUGUCAACUGUCUGCAGAGUCAAUAGCUAAAGCCCUCCAAACUUUGUGUGGCCUUCAGAUUAGCACAACAACAGUGCGUAGAGAGCUUUAUGGAAUGGGUGUCCAUGGCUGAGCAGCUGCUUCCAAGUCUUACAUAACCAAGUGCAAUGCAAAGUGUCAGGUACAGUGGUGUAAAGCAUGCCGCCACUGGACUCUAG